UAAUUUCGUUAUUACUUAAAUCGACAUUGAAUUACUUUCGAUGACGGAACAUUUGGAAAAUUGAAUUCUGAACUAAAUUUUAUAGAAAUCCUGUCUUUUUAAUUUCUGGGUCAUCUCUAUUUUGCCUCUUUAGUAAUGGAUUGUAUGUUUUGUAGACUUUGUUGAAAAGUUGAACAUUUACAAGUUAGAACUGUGGUUAAAAUUUGCACGGAUCUUGUUUUUAUUUUUUUUCUGGGUUCAUUUCUUCUUUUUUCCCACCCUAUUUUACAAUUAAUUGUAUAUUCUGCUGACUUUCUGGAAUAUGCGAGUUUCUUGUGCAUAAAACUGUACUCUUUUUGCUUCUGUAGUUUGCCUCCCUAGUUUGAUGGCAGAUUUAUUUUGAAGGCUUGUGUAAAAGAUUAUUUUUUUUUCUUUGUAUGUAGUGUAAUGGAUGCUUAAACUCUUCAAUUAGUACCUGAUUUUGGUAUUAUUGUGAGAAGAGAAUUUUUAUUGUUGGGUUGGAGUGGGAAUAUCUUGCUGCUGAUACUAUGGAAAGUACGUGUUGGAAGUUUAAAUGGGCAGUUUGUUGAAAUGCAAUUGGGGACUCAGAGUCCGGACAUGUUAAAACCAAUUCAAUGCCUUUAGUUCUAAAUAUGAUUCCUCAUUUCGAUGAGACAUUUUGUGUUGAGAUCUUAGAAUAUGGAUGCCCUGGCCUACAUGAUGAUGUAUCUUUUGGUUGAUUUUUUAUAUUUUCAUUUUUUUUAGGAGAUUUCUGAAAGAUGGUUGGAAUUUUAUUUUGAGGUACAAAGUGGUCAUUUUCGUGUUUCUCUAGUAUGGAGCUGUAUGAAUGUCCUUUUUGAGCCUAAUCUGACAAUUAUAGCUUAAGGAAUUGGGAGAUAGAUUUAUUCCCUCGUCAAUCCUCUGUGCUGUUAUAAAAUUGGGGACUUAUAAAAAAAAAAAUUAUAAAAUUAGGGAAAAAGCUUAUUAGGUGCCUUAUUCAGUAAAUUGCAUGGAAUUGAACUUUUAUAAUUUCUGAUAAAUGUAGCAGUCUGUUCAAAUUUGAUUCUUCGAAUGACUAUAAUCCAUUUUGAUCUGUGCCUUCAAUGAGAAUCUUCUUGGGUUGAUAAAGAUUUUUCUUGAAAUAAAACCAUCAAAGAUUUGCUUAGAAUAUUUAUAUUGUAGAUAUACAGUGGAGUGUGUUAUAUUGGUAAUCUAAUGCAGGUUAUGAACCUUUCCUUAGAGGAUCUAUUAGAAACAGUUCUUGAUUUGUGAGAAAAACAAAAAUCAUGCAUAUAAAACAGGACCUGUAAUCUGAAAGCUGUCACCAUGUCUUCUUCAUAUCUUCCAGCAACCACAGAUUCGCUUGUUCUGGCUACUGAAACAAAAACUCCAUCCGAGGCUAUAUCUAUCCUCUAUCGCGUACUUGACAACCCCUCAUCUUCUUCUGAGGCUCUAAGGAUAAAAGAACAGGCCAUCUCCAAUCUCUCCGAUCUUCUUAGACAAGAGAACAAAGCUGAGGAACUAAAAAAUCUACUGACCCAGCUCCGUCCGUUCUUCUCGUUGAUACCCAAAGCAAAGACUGCAAAAAUUGUCCGUGGAAUUGUUGAUGCAGUAGCCAAAAUACCAGAUACAUCAGAUCUCCAAAUUGCCCUCUGCAAGGAAAUGGUGCAAUGGACCCGUGCAGAGAAGCGAACUUUCCUUCGCCAACGAAUUGAGGCAAGACUUGCAGCUCUUUUGAUGGAAAACAAGGAAUAUUCUGAAGCAUUAAAUCUUCUUUCAGGCCUGAUCAAGGAAGUAAGAAGAUUAGAUGAUAAGCUCCUGCUUGUCGAUAUAGAUUUGUUGGAGAGCAAGCUCCAUUUUUCUCUGAGAAACCUUCCUAAAGCUAAGGCUGCACUUACUGCUGCAAGAACAGCUGCCAAUGCUAUUUACGUGCCUCCCGCUCAGCAGGGCACCAUAGAUUUACAAAGUGGGAUUCUUCAUGCAGAAGAGAAGGAUUACAAAACUGCUUAUAGCUAUUUUUAUGAAGCUUUUGAAGCUUUCAAUGCCCUCGAAGAUCCUCAGGCCAUAUAUAGCCUCAAGUAUAUGUUGCUCUGCAAAAUCAUGGUUAGCCAAGCUGAUGAUGUUGCAGGAAUAAUAUCCUCCCCCAAGGUGGGUUUGCAAUAUCAGGGCCCUGAACUCGAUGCAAUGAAAGCCAUCGCUGAUGCUCAUUCAAAACGUUCGUUGAAGCUUUUUGAGACUGCUCUUCAAAAUUUUAGGGCUCAGCUUGAGGAAGAUCCUAUUGUCCACAGGCACCUUUCUUCCCUUUACGAUACACUGCUUGAGCAGAACCUUUGUAGGUUGAUUGAACCUUUCUCAAGGGUCGAGAUUUCUCAUAUUGCCGAGUUAAUUGAAUUGCCUGCCGACCAUGUCGAGAAGAAAUUAUCGCAAAUGAUCUUGGACAAGAAAUUUGCUGGAACUUUGGACCAGGGUGCUGGAUGCCUCGUCAUUUUUGAUGAUCCCAAAACAGAUGCUAUAUAUCCAGCUACACUAGAAACCAUUUCGAAUAUGGCCAAAGUUGUGGACAGUCUUUACGUGAGAUCAGCCAAAAUAAUGGCAUGAGGUUGAAAUUGUUGGAUGUCCUUCCAAUUGGCAGCUACUUUUAUCUUUUCUAUCUCGGGAUUCAUCAGGUUGUGCUUGCUUUUUUACUCCAUUUACACUCUCUUCAAGUUAGUGUACUCUCUGUUAAACAUUUUUCGCUCUAGGUUCUUUAAAUUCUUAAAAUUUUCGAUCCCCCCUUACGGGCUUCAUGAUCUGUUUGAACCUCUAUGGCUAUUUCCAGAGUCGGACUGAUUCUUUUCUUGGA